UCAGUACUCAGUCACUGUACUCGGCGGUUAGUUAGUGAGCGAGUGCCGUCCGACGUAUUGGUUGUGUGUGUUGCGCGCCGUACGUGCAUCGCCGCGACGUCCAAAAAACGUAUCGUUUUCGCGUGUGCGUAAUAUACUCGAUUUUAUCAUCGAUAUACGCGCGUAUCAUAUUUUAAUAUUAUUAGUGUUAUUAUCGUCGGCACCGCGUAACCUUUUUAUUUUUUUUUCUAUUUUUUUUUUUUUAACGAUAUUAUUUUGCGCGAAUUAUUUAUUUUAUUUUUUUAUUUUUUUUCCACAUAAAAUAAUAAAUACUUUGUAAUUAAUAACAUUUAUUGUUAUUAUUAUUAUUAUUAUCAUCAUUAUCGCCGUACGAUAUUAUAUAGAUAGUAUAUAUUAUAUUUAUAGUAGUAUAAUAUCGCGACUCGUACCCCGCCGUACGAUAUCGCGUACCGUAGCACGUCGCGCCGCGUUUCGAUUGGUGGAAUAUAAUAUUAUAAUAAUACGCACGGCGUUUUGCGUCGUCCCGUCGUAACCUUUCGCCGUCAUUCGCUCGUCCCGGACGGAUCCGUCGUAGCCGCAGUACACCGUAUUAUUAUUGUUGUUGUUGUUAUUAUUAUUGUGCGGUUGGCGCCUCCGCGCGCACGAUAACGCCGUGUCAGAUAACGGCGGAAAACCGUCAUAUUACGAUAUACAGUGUCACGGGGUAGCGACCGUAUACCGUAUAACUGGUAACGGACGACGUCGUACGGUAUAUAGUAUAACAUUACGAUAAUAUUAUAUAACCGACGACGGCGGUCGCAGCCGCUGGACGACGAUACGCUCGAGGAUUGCAGACGAUGACCGUAGACAACACCGACGAAGACGAUCGCCGAUCGGCUCACCGUCGGCAGUGAGGCGAAGAGUAUAACCGCACCGUCGUCGCAUCGCGCAAGACGCGCGCAAACGUCUGCAUCUCGACGACCUUUAUCGCACUGCAGAGAGUAAAACAGUCAGCGCAAAUGCCUAUCGGUCCGUGUACUGUGUGAUGUCAAACGACACGUGAUCUCGACAGUCGCACCGACCGCGACAACCGACACCAGACCAUCCACUUGACCGCACCGAGUCGUUGUCAACGAGACGGCAUAAUAAAUGUCUUCGUCGUCGCCCAUAUCGUCGUCUUCGCCGUCUCCGUCUCCGUACUACCACCAUCAGCAGCAGCAACAGCAGCAGCAGCAGCAACAGCAACAGCAGCAACAGCAGCAGCAGCAGCAGCAGCAGUACAACAACCAUCAUCAGCAGCAGCAACUCCAACACCACCUGCAACAACAGCACCUGCACUCGGGCGGCUCGUCGGCGGCCGCCAACGCUGCCGUCAACUGCAUUCUGCUGUCGCCCUCGGGGGGUGCCGGAGUGACGGGCGUCGGACUGUCGCCAGCGCAGGGCGCGGGAAUCGUCGAAGACAUGCAACAGCAGUCGUCGACGGUGGCCAGCGCCGUGGCGGCCACGACCACGUCGCUGUUGCAGCAAUGCUGUUCGCCGCCGCCGUCGUCGGGCACGUCGUCCAGCGUUAGCGGAGUGGUGUUGAGAAAAGCUCAAAUCGAGAUCAUACCGUGCAAAGUGUGCGGCGACAAGUCCAGCGGCGUCCACUACGGCGUGAUCACGUGCGAGGGCUGCAAGGGAUUCUUCCGGCGGUCGCAGUCGUCCGUGGUCAACUAUCAGUGCCCGCGCAACAAGAAUUGCGUGGUGGACCGCGUGAACAGAAACCGGUGCCAGUACUGCCGGCUCCAGAAAUGCCUGCGGCUGGGCAUGUCCCGUGACGCGGUGAAAUUCGGGCGCAUGAGCAAGAAACAGCGCGAAAAGGUCGAAGACGAAGUGCGCUUCCACAGGGCCCAGAUGCGUUCGUCAGCAGCAGCCGCGGCCGCGGCCGCUGCUGCGGCGGUGGCCGCGCAGACCACGGCCAUCGACUGCUGUUCGACCACGACCGGCGGCGGCAACGGCGGUACCGCGGCCGUGGCCGCUGACUCGUCAGUGUUCGACCACGACCAGCACGGACAGCACGGACACGGGCAGCAGCAGCAACAGCAGAUGCCCUCCAGCACUGCCGAUCACGGGCUACGCAUACACCAAUUACACAGCGGGGGCGGACAUCUCUCGCAACACCACCAUCAGCAACAGCAGCAGCAACAACAGCAGCAACAGCAGCAACUACAGCAACAGCAACAGCAACAACAGCACCCGCAGCACCAGCUACACGGUCAGCAGCAACAGUUCAACAUCAACAGCAACGUGCAGCACGCUUACGCGGCCGCCGCAGCAGCAGCCGCCGCAGCAGCAGCGGCCGCCGCGGCCGGCGGUGGCGUCAACGGAGCCAACGGUGGCACGGGAGUCGGAUAUGGAGGAGGCGGUUACAACAGCAACGGUGGAUCGAACGCAGCCGCAGCAGCCGCAUCUCUGGUGGUGGACACGUUCGCGGCGUACGCGGCUGCAGCCACCUCGUCGGCGGUGCAGUCCGGCGCUAACGGUUCCGUGCCGCCACCAUACGACACGGCGGCAACGAGCAGCAACUACGUGGCCGACAGCACGACACCGGCGGCGUCCAGCACGACACCGUCGACGGCCGCGGCCACGUCCACCUACGGCGGUGACAUGGAAGUGUCGUCUGUGGCGGCUGUCGCGUCCGGAGCACAGGACAACUUAAUGGCCGGCGUUUCCGGUUCUACGGCUGCCGUUUCUUCGGCAGCAGACGCCGUCCAGAUCAGCGAGCUACUGAGCAAAACCAUAGCCGACGCUCACGCCCGUACGUGUUUCUACACUCUCGACCAGAUACACGACGGCAUGUACCGAACGGCUACCAUGGCGGCGGCCAACAAGGCGACAGCCGACAAAUUGAUAAUGUACAAAACCAUGCCUCAUGAAGAGCUGUGGUUGGAGUGCGCGCAAAAAUUAACGUCCGUCAUCCAGCAGAUUAUAGAGUUUGCCAAAAUGGUGCCCGGAUUCAUGAAACUAUCGCAAGACGAUCAGAUCGUGUUACUUAAAGCGGGAAGUUUCGAGUUAGCAGUGCUGAGGAUGUCCAGACACUACGACUUACACCGGGACUGUGUCUACUACGCAGACGCCUUACUUCCUGCUGACGCGUUUUACACGCAAGAUGCGGUCGAAAAGAAACUGGUCUCGUUGGCUUUCGAAGUGAGCCGUUCCGUUGCUUCGUUGAAACUUACUGAAACCGAGCUAGCCUUGUACUCGGCCGUCGUGUUGCUUUCGCCAGAUCGGCAAGGCUUGAAAGGCACUGUGGAAAUUGGUCGUCUUAGACAAGCUAUUCUGCGAGCUCUACGUAUGGAGCUCGAUCAUAGAACUGCGGGUGGCAAAACUGCAGCCACCGUCGAUCUACAACACCAGCAACAGCAUCACCAACAGCAGCAACAGCAGCAGAAUCAAGUGUGCGAUGCUCUCAUACAAAAGAUCCCGAUACUGAGGCAACUGGGAAUGCUGCACAUGGAAGCGUUAGCCAAGUUGCGUCGUACGGUUCCACACUUGGAAUUCCCUGCUCUGCACAAGGAACUUUUCUCGGUUGACGGCAGUUGAUCUGAGGAGGAAGGCUACGACGACGACGACGACGACGACGAUGACGGCGGCGGCGGCGGCGAUGGUAGCGGCGGCAGUGGUGGCGGAAGCGGUGGUAGCGACGGCGGUGACGACUCUGCGAGAGACUCGUCGUCUACGAUCGUUAUCGCGUCGGUGAUCUCUUUGGCCGGUGGACUGCAAUGAGAGGAUCAGUAGCAGCAGAGUAUAGCAAAGUCGUCGCAGACGGGCUGUGUAACAUAUAUAUAUAUAUUAUAUAUAUAUAUAUAUAUUAUAUUAUUAGUAUAUUAUAUUUUAAUAUAAAAAAGAUAAGAUAAAAGGAAAAAAAAAAGUCGCAAAAUCUCGCGAGAUCACACACCGCUGUUACAUAUUAUAUUCAAUUAUGUAAUAAUAUUAUGUAUAGUGUUGUUUUGUUACAAGGUAGCGUCUCAUAAUAUUUAUAUAUAUAUAUAUAAUAUAUAUCGCGUGUUUAUGAAAUAGAAUAUUGAUAUUAUUAUUAUUAUUAUUAUUAUUACUAUUAUUACUGUUGUUGUUGUAUAGUAUUUUUUUAUAAUAUGUACGGGACGUAAAUCCCCCGCAAGUACGGCGUAAUGAAUAGGUAUAAUAAUUGUACAUUAUGUUUGUAUGAAUUUUUUCCCGGUCUCAAAAUAUUGUAAGAACUUUGCUUGUAAAAAAAAAAAAACCGAUUUCCGUUGCGGGAGGAGAUCAUGCUAGUGUGUAUGUGUGUGUGUGUGUGUGUGUGUGGGGGGGGACGAAAGAUUUCGUCGUUUUCUGUCGUCUGUUAAUCUUCGGAUCGAGCUCGUCGUGUUUGUUUAGGUGAUAGGUUAAUCGCAGUCGACGACGAUCCUACACGUACCGCGCACACGUUAUAUAAUAAUAAUAACAUAUAAAUCGACAAAACGGAGUGUACACACAAAAAUAAUAUAAUACCACGCGCAAUUGUAACAGGUCGUCGUGUAUCGCGACGAUUAUUGUUGUUUGUAUUAUUUGUCGUUUUUUCGGGGAAAAUUAAUAAAAUAAUUUCGUUUUCGGUCAGCGUACCUACGUGUUGCACUCGAUUUUUUUUUUUUGAUUUUUUUUUGUCGUCUUUGUAAAUAAUAAUAAUAAUAGUGUUUAGUGCCGUGUUAGUGUGCGCCGUCGCACGCCCGCCGUAUACUCGUCAUAAAAUAUUAUCAUUACGAUUCGAAUACGUUUAUUGUGAUCAAUAAUAAUUAUUAUGAUACAUCAUACCGAAAUCGUGUCGAAGAAACGGGGGAAAAAACAGUGCCGGCGGCCGAGGAGAGUUUGUUUAUCAUCGUUAUUGUUUACUCUUUUUUUUUUUCCAUUCAUUCGAAAACUCGUACAAUUCAUACGAAAAACCGAGGAAAACAAUACAUAUUAUAUUUUAUUAUUAUCAUUAUUAAUCGAUAGAAACUCACUACUACUCUCUAUACACACUCGUCACGUCAUAUUAUUAUAUCGUAUUGUACACACGCAUACACACGUAACGUUAUGUACUCACACACACUUGUAUAGAGCUGUCACUGUCGUACCUAAUUAUUAUACAUAAUCUCGAUGUCGAAUAAAUUCCGCGCGCGAUAUAUUAAACAUUAUUACCUAUAUUAUCAUAUUUUGUACACGUCGUUUAGGUACGAUAUUUUAUAGGAUAUAUAUAUUAUUAUACUGCCUAUUUUAUUAUACGCGUAUAAUAUUAUUAUUACGUCGUGUAGAUAGAGAAAUAUAAAAUAAUAAAACGUGGCCGCCGCCACCUCGCGUUUAAGUAUAAUUAUUCUUAUUAUUAUUAUUAUUAUUAAAUUAUGUGUUACGUGUUUUUGUAUUUUGUGUAAAUUAUAAUAUUGUAUAAAAGUCGUCGUCGUCGUCGUCGUCGUCGUCGUCAUCUACUACAAAAUACUUUUUUUCUGUUUUUUUUUUCUCUCUCCGAGCGACUUAAAGUAAUAUCAUUAUUAUGUGUAUAUAAUAUAUAGGAUAACUUAAACCAUAUUAUAUUAUGUACAUCGCGCACGCGCGCUUGUGUAAAAUAGUGUGGUGACACGGCAAAUUCAGUCGUAGUGCAUAUUAUAUAUGUACGUGUGUGUUUUAUUCGCAAGUCGUUCGACGACGACGACGACGAUCGUAAUAUGGCACCGGCUGCGUAUUUUUAUUUAUGUAUACGUGUAAUAUAUAAUAAUAUGAAUGUACCUAUCAUAUGAAAUAUUAUUAGAAUACGCGAAUAGUUUUAAUUUGUUUUCGUUAAUUUAAUUAUUAUGAUAUUAUAUAAAAAUGAAUAGGAAAUUUAACGUGAUGUGGGGUAAUAUUAUAUUGUGAAAUUAAUCGAUAAGAAGACGGAGUGAAAAUUUGUAAAAUACGAUUUUUAAUAUAUAUAUAUAUAAUACAUACAAAGAGUAUAUUAUAUAUAAUAUAUAAUAUAUAUAUAUAUAUAUAUAUUAUAUUAUUAAAUUGGUAUACUAUAUAUAUAUAUAUACAUAUAUAGUAUAUUAUAUUACGAUAGUUUUUUACGGUAAAAAAAAAAAACGAUUUAUUGUUUUUUUUAUAAUUAUUAUUAUUAAUAUUAUUAUUAUUUGCGCCUGCCCGCAAUUUUAUGAAUUUUAUUAAAAUUUGUCAUUUUAUUAUUAGAUAAGAAUAUAUAUAUUAUAUUAUUAUAUGAAAAACAAACAAAAUAUUUUUAUGUUGUAUACUGCAACAGUCAAGUAAAACACGCGCACAUAAUAAUAUAUAUCAUUUUAUUGUAUAUUUUUUAAAUUACGUUUAUCGUUUGUUCUCGUAUCUUAUGUAAUAGCAAUUGAUAUAUAUAUACAUAUAUAUUUUAUCAUUGGUCUUAGAUAGUAAUUAUCAUCAUCUAUAAUCAAUGAUAUUAUAAUGUUUGUCACCUCAUCCUCGUCCUCUUCCGGAACGCGUAUAUUAUAAUAUAUAUUAUAUAGGUAUACACUCGUUGUGUUUCAGUUAUAUUUUUUUUUUUAUUUCUUUUCGUUUUCCACUACUACUAGAAAAGGUGCUCCGUGUUAUUAUUAUUAUUAUUAUUAUUAUUAUUGUUAUUAAUUAAUUAUUAUCGCUUAUUAUUAUUAUUAUUAUUAUUAUUAUUAUCAUUAUUGUUUAACGAGAGAUAAUAUUAUAAAACAACAAAAAAUAUAUAAAUAUAUGUAUAUAUAUAUAUUUAUAUAGAUAUAUACGCAUGUAGAUUAUAUGGUA